AUGUCAUCUCUUCCUUCCCCUUUCGCUAUACACAUAUUGAGAGCUACAGAAACUUCUAGUAGAGUACAAUGGUUCAAAACAUUUUCCUCAAUUCUUGAUGGUGAAAAUGGUCUAGAAGCAGCUUUUCGCAUACCCUUAGGAGUUGUUGGAUAUUACAGUUGCCAAAUUUACCCCUGUGAAUAUAGAUGUUUACUAUGUAUUGAAUCAGGUGUACGCAUGUUGCCAGCUGGAAGCGGUAUGGGUGUUAUGUGUGGGAUGACUAGAGGCAUCAAGAUGGCAAGACCCCCCUCUUCCUCCAUCAUGAAUUCCACCACUGGUUUGUUGACUUCCAGUACACCAACACCAACACCUGCUCAAGGAAACUCCAUGUUGAGAUCACGUGAGGCUAUGCAUAUGAUUCGGUGUAAGGAAUUGAAUCGUUCAUUCCCCACAAACAAGUUCAGCAAGAUACCUCCCUGGACCAGAUGACAUGUCAGUUUUGGACAUUGCAUACACAAUCUACACAAAGUUUGAAGAAUGUCGAAGUGUAAUGUCCUCAAUAUAUAAGGCAUUUACUUCUCAUUUGGAUCGAAGUUACAUUGGAAAUCGUAUUCAAUCAUGGAUCUUCCAAGUCUAGUUGUAGGUAUAUGUUUUUCUUAAUGAAGAAUGUAAUCAUAUGUAUGAAUAUGAAAUAAAGUUUGUUAUUUAGUAUUUAAUAAUCAUGUAUAGGGAG